AUGAAGGAUAUUCUUGCCACAUAUGAGGAAGCCACCGGUCAAGCUAUUAAUUUCCUUAAAUUUGAAUUCUACUGCAGUAGGAAUGUCGAUUUUGAUACUAGGAUAGAGUUGGCUACGCUUCUAGGAGUUCAACAGGUUCUGGGUACAGGGAGAGAGACUAUGAUCAAGUAUGUUCUGCAAUCCAUUCCAACUUAUAUUAUGAGUCUCUUCCUUCUUCCCUCCUCCUUAAUUGAUGAGAUUGAGAAGAUGAUGAAUCGGUUAUGGUGGGGUCAUAAAAGAGAUAGAGCUAAAGGUAUUCAUUGGCUUUCAUGGGAUAGAUUAUCUAUGCCUAAAAGUGAAGGGGGUAAGGGGUUCAAGAAUAUCAGUGCUUUCAACCUCGCGAUGUUAAGCAAACAAGCAUGGAGGCUCACAACCAAUUCAGAUUCUCUUGUAGCUCCAUAUGGAGCUCAAAAUUUUGUGAUUAAGGGAGGCUUAAAAUGGAGCAUAGGGUCAGGAGAGAAUAUUUCGGUUUGGGAUUCGUUUUGGCUGUUCGAUGGUACUUCUCUGACUAAUCCUUGGCCUAACAAUUUGGUGGUGGAUAAUCUUAAGGUCUCAGAUUUGAUGUCUCCGAAUGGUAAGCAUUGGAACCAAAGUGUUAUUCAUUCACUUGUAGGGGAAGAAGCAGCUGAAAAGAUUCAGAAUACCCCCCUCUUUACCGUAGUUCAAAAUGAUAGUUUAUUUUGGAAACAUGAGUCUAACGGUAAAUUCUCGGUUCAGAGCGCUUACAGGUACUGUAUCAAUGAUGCCAUUGACACCUCUCAUCUUAGAAUCAGUGAGAGAUGGAAUCUGUUGUGGAACAUUAGGACCCCCCCAAGAGUAUCCAGUAAAGACCAACAAGCGACUUUCUCAGUUAUAUUAUGGAGUAUAUGGAAAGGAAGAAAUAACCUUGUUUGGAAUCAGGUGGAAGAUUCUUCGACCAUUAUUUGUCAGCGUGCCCUUCAGUUGUUGACAGGAUGGAGAGAGGCCCAACAGCUUCACCCCAAUAAUGGGAUUAUUAACCCCCCGUCUACCAACAUCAGAUGGUUAAAACCUUCGAGGGGCAGACUCAAGUGUAAUAUCGACGCAUCCUUCUUUCAUAACAAAGUUGGAAUCGGUGCUUGUAUUAGAGAUGAUACAGGUCAGUUUAUUGUAGCCCGAACUGAAUGGUUUUCGCCUUGCACAGAUGUUGCUAUUGGAGAAGCUCUUGGUCUUCUAAAAACCUUAAAUUGGGUACAUGAGCUGGGGUUUGAUAAUAUGAAUUUCGAGUUGGAUGCAAAGCGAGUUGUGGAUAGUGUGACUAAUCCCAAACCCAACGACUCGGACUUUGGAGCUAUUACUGGCGAGUGUAACCGGUUAAUGGCUCUUUUCUUUAGGAACUCUCAUGUUGAGUUCGUUAGAAGACAAGCUAAUGAAGUGGCUCAUGCUCUGGCACGGAAUCUUGAAAUUCAUGACAAUCUGAAACACACCAAUAGUUCAAAAGCGUCUAUGCCAAUAUAA